AUGAGCUCCUCAAAAGUACAACGCACCUAUGGCUCACGCAAUCAAAACCUCAAACAUCGUACUCCACACUCUUCUAGCACCUCCGCACUUACAUCUAGUCCUCCUUCCACGCCACCACCCUCUAGGUCAAGCAAGCGUGGUUUCGCGGAAACACUAAGCACAGAGGAAAAAAAGACCAAAGCACCCCUCUUCUCACCAUAUAAGAAGACCAAACACGUCGGGACAUCGACGACGUUGAAGUCCAAGUCAAAACCACCACCCAAGUCGACGAAGAAGUCAGAUCAAAAAACAUUAACCCAACUGCACUUCAAUAUCGACCGUUCUGUUUUACGCAAAUGCCCUUUGUGCGACUUAUCAUACAUUAAGGGCGCGUUAGACGACGAAGCACUUCACAAAGCACACUGCUUACGCGUGCAGCAAGAAUUAGAAUGGGGUCGUGAAGAAGAAAAGGAUCGGAUGCGAGGAACGGAAAACAUUGUUGUGGACGUGAAAAGUUGCAUUAAGCUGCGAGGUAUGAAGGGAAAAGGCAGAAUCAUUUGUCUGCCAGCGGAUCCUGGAGGGAAACUAGGGACCAAGCUUUCUGCUCUGUAUAAAGUCGUCAACACCACCCUUUCAUCUCCAGAACUCUCUCACAAUGUCCUACAAUCCUCAAAAGCGUAUCUUUUUCUAGUGCCCCAUGACACACAGAAGAAUCGAGAAAAGAUUGUCGGGUGUGUGAUCGCCCAACGAAUUUCCUCUGCCAUGGCUGUGAUUAAGAAAUGCGAUGCGCUUUCAACUGACACAUCGAGCGCCCUCGUGCUCGUGGACUCGGAUACCGGCCUAUUCUGCUCACCUGAGCUUCUUCCGACAACCAUGGGCAUUCCUCGCCUCUUCGUUUCCCAUUCCCACCGUCGUCUAGGCAUUGCCAGAGCGCUUCUGGACGCGGCUGCUGCAACCUUUAUACACGGCUGCCCGCUUACCCCCGAUAGCGGUCAGAUUGCGUUCUCUCAGCCUACAGGGAUGGGUCAGAAGGUAAUGGAGAAUUGGGGAAGGGGUCACAUUCGAGUUUAUGAGGAAGAUUAG